AUGGAAACGACUAUUUUUCUCAUAUUUCUAGUUGUUUUUGCAAUUGAUGUGCAUGUGCAGACAGCAUGCCCUGAUGGUUUUCUCGAUCCCGAUCAGGAAAAAGACUGUACUGAAUUAAGACUCGACUGCAAAUCUCACUUUAACGGAACCGGAACAUGCGAAGUAGUUGAUCAAUAUGGCCAAUUAAAAUGUUGUCCAAACAAAUUGCAUACUGACGAUUUUCAAACAAAUACGACAUGCAGUGAACAUCAAAAACGUGACGAUGAUUUUCAUUCAUAUUGUAAAAAUGGAUACAUUUUCUACUUUGGCCGAAACAACUUGAAAAUUAACAAUGCAUAUGCAAAAAAAUGCAUUGUCAAUUCGGAUUGUGGUGAAGGAAACUAUUGUGUAGUUUUUAUGAAGUCAUCAAUUUACAAGAGAAGAUGCUAUGCUAUUGACCCACCAAAAAGAAUAGAAACAGAAAAGAAGGAGAAAGAGAAAGAGAAAGAGAAAGAAGAUAACACGAUGCUCAUUAUAAUUAUCGUUGUAAUUGUUGUGAUUUUUGUCAUUGUCGGAAUUAUUGCUGGAUUUGUGGUUUGCAAGAAGAUGAAAAAAGGAAAAGGUGGUCACAAAAGCUCGGCUGAAAAUGGGAAGAAAGGAAAAAGCGGUCACAAAAGCUCGGCUGAAAACACUGGACACAGUGAACAGAAGGGGAAACCGAGUAAAGAGAAAAUGAAGAAGCCGAAAAAAGGAUCGAAAGUCUAA